AUGGUGAGUCCGGACAUCGGAUUCUACACGAAUGUCAUCAUCGCGUGUGAGAAGUGCGAGCGCUGGCGGCAAGCAUUGUCGCUGUUUCAUGACAUGGGGGAAACGAGGCUGGAGUUGGACACGUUCAUUUAUGAUGUUGGUAUCCGCGCAUGGGCGAGUGGUGGGCAAUGGCAGCAAUCGUUAUUGCUGCUCGACAGAAUGAGGGCGUCAGACGUGAAACUCGAACUCACCAGCUACACUGCAGGAAUCCACGCCUGCGACGAAACCAAGCAAUGGCAGCACGCGUUGCUGCUGUUGAGCGGAAUGGCAGAAGCUAGAUUGGAAGGCAUCACGAUUUCCGAAUACGGCGUUGGGAUGAGGGCGCUCGUGACAGCCAAGCAGUGGAGGCAGGCGGUGUCGCUUCUCAGCAGUCUGGGGGACGCGAAGUUGGAGUUAAACGCCGUGAGCUACAGCAUGGGGAUCAACGCAUGUGCAAAAGCUGAAGAGUGGCAGCAGGCGUUAAUGCUGUUUCACAGCAUGAUAGAAGCGAUGGUGGAGUCCGAUACCACUUGCUACCUUGCUGGAAUCACCGCGUGCCAGCAGGAGUAUGGGUUGUGGCAGCAGGCGGUGUGGCUGCUCAGACAAAUGGUCGAUGAGCAAUUGGACGCAAGCCUCCUGUGUUACACGGCAGCACUUAAGGCGUGCGAGGGAUCUGCUGAGUGGGUGCAAGCGUUGUCGCUAUUACGAGGAAUGAGGAGCACGAAGGUGCAUCCGAACAUUUUCAGCUACAACUCAGCAAUCAGCGCCUGUGGGCAAGGAGCGCAGUGGGAGUGGGCGCUGGCAUUGCUCACAGAGUUGCGAAACACGGUGUUGGCGCCAGACGUCAUUGCUACAGCGCUGGAAUGGUGGCGUGCACGAAUGGCGGCGAGUGGCAGCAGGCACUGUCGCUGCUUGGCACACUGA